CGCAGUGAGGAAGGGAAGUGAAGUGAAGGGGAUGGGCGGAGCCUCGUUGGCUUUACUGGUUGCGGAGUAGACGAAGAGUGAAGCGGCAGUGUGUGUCGUUUGGAACGGAGCAAACAGGAGCUGACUGGAGUGGUGGAGUUUAGGGUCUACGGUUAUGGCCAAGUGGCUUCGGGAGUACCUGAACUGGGGUAGGCACAAGGGGCGCAGCUCUCCGCGGGCAGCGAAGUCGGAGCUUGGGGGGUGGGAAGGGGCCAGCGGGACUCCGGCUCGGACUGACACCGAGUUCAUGCUCAGAGCCUACCGACUGCAGAAAGAGCGAGAUUUUGAGGAUCCUUACAGCGGGUGGCAGGCGUUCAGCCUGCGGAGAGUAAGGACUGCUCGGCAGAGCCAACUGCCUGAAGAGCGGCCCUUUUACCGUAGCAACAGUGAGAGAGCCGAAACUAGCAACUGCAACUCCACAAAACAUCGGCUCAUUAAAGUCGACAGUCCCUCCCCGGCACGCAGCGCAACCAUCAGCUGGAACCACAGCAGCAACUGCAAGAAAGUGCAAAAACCCCAGCACAACGACCUCACGAAGGACCGGGUUGCCAUGAGAGAUGACUAUUCUGAUCCAUUUGAUGCCAAAAAUGAGUUGAAGAAUAAAGUUGUCAAAAAGCCAGAGAUGGACAAUAAUGGUUACAUGGAACCUUAUGAGGCACAAAGGAUGAUGGCAGCCCAGGUCAGUGGAUUUCAGAGAAGACAAUCCUCUUUCUUUUGUGAUAGACGCAGGCAACUAAGACCCUCAGGUCGAAACAAAGAUGGAGCUCUGGAGUUUUGUGGGAUUGUAGGAGAGACAGUAAAUCCUAACACCCCACUGGAGAAACAAGUAUGGUAUCAUGGGGCCAUUAGCAGAACAGAUGCAGAAAAUCUUCUCCGGCUGUGUAAAGAAUGCAGUUAUCUCAUACGAAACAGUCAGCGGAAAAAGAACGAUUACUCACUUUCACUGAAGAGUAGCCAAGGUUUUAUGCAUAUGAAGCUGACCAGAACUAAAGAUAAAUACAUCUUGGGAGAAAACAGCCUUCCAUUUGACAGUGUUCCUGAGAUCAUACACCACUAUUCUACCAGGAGACUACCAAUUAAAGGAGCAGAACACUUGUCACUGCUCUACCCUGUAGCAGUGCGAACAUUAUAAUUUUUUUUCCCUACUUCAGCUUCCCUCCUAUGGAUGGGUUGAUCCAUUAUUUCAAUGUAUAUGAGCUGGGCUGACCAUUAUUAAGUGGCUCUGUUGUAUGUUUCAGUUACAUUUGUAGACCCAUUACUGCACACUAAGAUUAUGUUUCCUGUGUAAGCACUAGAAAAUUGAUCUCUGGGUGACAUGAAUAUUACUUUGUUCAGAGAAGUACCUGUUUAUGUUAACCCUGCCAAAGUUGUUACUGAUACUUUGUUCCUCUUCUUCGUCUGAAGUUGGUCAAAUUUGAUACAGUAUGCUGUAGUGUAUAUAAUUCUAUACAAUUGGUCUCUGACCUUGGUGGUUAUUUGAGUAUCUGUAAAUACUGUAGUGUAAUAUAAAUGAAUACUUUUUUUGUUAUCACAUUUGGCAGUGUAAUUAUACUUUGAGAGUUGCAACACGUUCUUUAGUUUCAGACAAUAGAAAAUAUAUUUAACUUCAUGUUAGACACUGGUAUUUUCAUUAAUAUGUAUAUGGAUUAAGAGGAACAUUUAUUUAAUUAGCACCUUGCGUUCUCUGUGCUCCACAAAAUGCUUCAUGCCCCAGUGAACUUGUUUCUGAGUGCAGUCAUCCUAUUGUAACCAAACAUAGCAGCCAUUUACUACACAACUUGAUAUCACCACUUCAUCUGUACAUUUGAAUGCUCUACACAUAGGCGGAAGGGCAGAGAUCUCUGUGAAUACUUUACAUAAGGCAUCAAAGAUAAAGUUUAUUCUUUCAGGUUGUUUAUACAAUAAAAGGUAAGUUCAGAAAGAGUGUAACGAUCUGGUAGGCAGUGUUUUUCUGUAGUCAAACUACCAGGGUGAAUUCAUCUCAAUGAAUCAACUCUGAAUUUAAGAAGUUAACAAUCAUUCAUGGCUGGACCAACAUUUUUUGCCCAUCCCUAGCUGCCCUUGCAAAGGAGGUGGUAAGCUGCAGUCCAUUUGCUCCAGGUAGAUACUCAAUGCUAUUGGGGGGGUCAUUGUUAUAAGGGAUUUUCAGUUGUGUUCAUAAUGGCAAUGUUCAUUUUUUGCACAGAUUUCUAAACUUAACCCCAGCAAAUUCUCCCCUUUUCCCUGACUAUAGUCAGUCCAGAAUUUAGUUAGCACUCAUCUCAAUCCAUGUUUCAAUACUUUGAUCUACAGUCUCUAUUUUGUCUUUACCAUGUAUGAUUGUCGAUAUGUUGAUUCUGUUUGCCAUGUUUAUAAUGUGCCAGCCAAACGUGUUUGUGUCCAAAUUCCACCGCAGAAAGAAGAAAAACAGUAAAACUUGUGAAUGACAUGUUGAAUGAUUGAAAUUGGAGUUUCAUUAUGAUCAGCUCCAGGUUUUACUGUUAGCCUUAAAUUUAUAGCUACUACUUCAUUAAUGUCUUGAACUUACGCAAUAGGCUGUGAUGGUACCCUCUGAUACUUUUUACGUGUAGCACAUUUAUCAUGAAUUUAUUCAAUGAGCUUUGUGUAAUCACCAUCCUUUAUUCAGACUAAUCUUUAUCUAUGGAUGAAGAAACUCACAACAUAACUUGAAGACAAAUUGCAUUUUUCCCUACUAAUUCCUAUCACAUGAUGCCAUUAUCACAUCUUGAAUAUUCUGAUUACAGAUGCUAUAUGUUAUUAAAGGAAUAUGCACUAAUGUCCUGAUAGGAUAGAAUGCAAAUUCACUAAGGGGUAU